UCUGAAUCCGAUGCUUGGACGGUGACCACACGCCUACACCAAGCGCGUGAAAAUCACCUGAAACCCCGUCAAAUGGUGGGGCCGCAGUAUUCUGACACCUCUUUUAAAUCACCACCAACCAAAUCGCGCCACGUCACCAACCCUUGAAAUUCCACUACUUUCCUGCACUCUAAAACCCUGUCUUAGGGUUUCCAUUUUGAUCCUUCUGUACUUCACUUCAACUGCUCACCUGAAAUUUGUUUUCUGUUAACUGAUUUAACACAAUUCAAACAAGGAACUCUAUUAUCUUGAUUUAGCUUCUAUUCAUGGGAUAUUUAGUGGCAGAUUAGCUAAAGAUGUUUCAACUCGUGUUUCGGUUCGUUUUGGCUCUACUGCUGGUGGUGGCGGUGGAGAAAACAACGUCGCAUUUAGCACCUGGACCGCACAUCACGGAUGUUAACAUACUGUUGCCGCCUAAAAUGACAAAUCCGGUGGAGUACCGGCUUCAAGGAAGUGAUGGCUGCUUCAAAUGGUCAUGGGAUCAUCAUGAUAUUCUCUCUGUUCUACCUGAAUAUAAUGCAAGUAACCAUUGCUCAACAAGUGCACGUUUGAGAUCAAUUGCUCCUUAUAGUGGUCGAAAGGAAACUGCAGUUUAUGCCACUGAUGUACAUUCUGGAAUUGUAGUUCGCUGCAAAGUUUUUAUUGACAACUUUUCCAGAAUACAGAUAUUUCAUAAUUCCAUUAAACUUGAUCUAGAUGGCCUUGCUACCCUCCGUGUCCGUGCCUUUGAUACUGAAGAUAAUGUGUUUUCAUCAUUAGUGGGCUUACAAUUCAUAUGGCUGCUGAUGCCUGAAAUUGAUGGAUUGCCUCAUCACCUUGUCCAUGUUCCUUUGGAGGAUUCUCCCUUGACUGACUGUGGUGGACGGUGUGGUGACUUAGAUAUUCAAAUACAGCUUGAGAAUAGUGGUGUAUUUUCAGAUUUGUUUGUAGUGAAGGGAAUUGGAAUUGGCCAUGAGAAUGUUUCUGUACAUUUGAUUGAGCCUGAAUUUAAGCACAUGGCUGAUAGCAUUAUUCUAACUGUAGCAGAAGCCAUGUCACUUGAGCCUCCUUCACCAGUUUUUGUGCUUGUUGGUGCUGCUCUUCACUAUAGUCUUAAAGUUAUCCGUGGAAAUAUACCUCAAGUGGUUACUCUACCAUCUCCACAUCACCGCUGGUCUGUUUCCAACCCUUCAGUUGCUCAGGUGGAUAGUAUGAUGGGUUUAACUCAUGCUUUAAACUUAGGCGAAACAGCUGUCAUUGUUCAAGAUACCAGAGUUGCUGGCCAUAUACAAGUGUCCUCACUCAAUGUGGUCGUACCUGACACUUUACGUUUGUACAUUUUGCCUUUGUCUAUUUCUGGUGAUCUCAUGGAAGAAGCAAAAGCCAUCCCGUCUGUGGCACGUUGGUAUGUUAUUUCUGGCCGCCAAUAUCUUAUUCAGUUGAAAGUUUUUUCUCCGGGACCUGGUGCACAAGAAAUCUAUAUUACACAGAUUGAUGAUGUUAAACUGUUUGACAAUGAGUCUGAAUACUGGAAAACUUUCUUGGUGUCGGAUGAUAUUGUGCUGAAACAUGGUUUGAGAAAUUCUAGAAUCCUGGAAGCAACUUCACAGGGACUGGAAAAAUUGAUUGCUUCUUUAACAUAUUUUAGUAGGCAUCAGGAUACAAAAGAGGUCCUGAAGGUUGUGCAAGAAAUAAUGGUAUGUGAUGAAGUUAAGUUUAGUGUGGAUAGUGCAGAUGGCAUGUCUCAGAGUAUUCUCCUUCCAUGGGCCCCUGGUGUUUAUCAAGAAGUGAAGCUAAAAGCUAUUGGAGGUUGAGCAAAGACAUCCAGUGACUACAAAUGGUUUUCUUCAGACAUGGCUACUAUAUCCGUAUCUGCUUCUGGAGUUGUCCAGGCAAAGAAGCCUGGAAAAGCUACUGUCAAAGUGGUGUCUAUUUUUGAUUCUUUCAAUUAUGAUGAGGUCAUUAUUGAUGUUUCUAUUCCAUCAUCUAUGGUUAUGCUGCAAAACUUCCCUGUUGAGACUGUUGUAGGAUCACAUCUUCAAGCUGCUGUAACAAUGAAAGCAUCAAAUGGUGCCUAUUUUUAUAAGUGUGAUGCUUUUAGUUCUUUAAUAAAUUGGAAAGCUGGAAGCGAGUCUUUCAUUGUUGUCAAUGCAACAGAGAGGACACAUUUCUUGGAGAAGCUAGAGACUGUUGGACAUCGUACAUCUGUUCAUGGUCCUCCAUGUUCUUGGACCUAUUUAUAUGCUUCUGGUUCAGGCCGGACUAUGUUGCAUGCAACGCUUACAAAAGAGUAUCAGCAUUAUGAUCAUUCUUUUCAUGGACCGAUUGUUUUAAAAGCAUCUUCACGUAUUGCCGCAUAUCCACCACUUAUUGUGCAACAGGUGGGGGAUGGAAGCCAAUUUGGUGGCUAUUGGUUCAAUCAGGGUCAAACAGAUACCAAUAAUCAACUGGAAAAUUUGAGUAAGUUAUAUCUUGUCCCUGGAACAAGGAUAGAUGUUUUGCUUGUUGGAGGACCAGAACGGUGGGAUGAAGGUAUUGAAUUCGAUGACACUUUUGAGAUCCUGGAUGACAAGUAUGGCCAAACUAAAGAUGACAUACAUGUGCACAUCAUUUCUGGUAGCAAGGGGAGUUUAUAUGGAGUUUUAUGCCAAACUGUGGGAACCUUUAAACUGGUUUUUAAACGUGGGAAUUUGGUUGGAGACGACCAUCUUCUGCCAGUCAUUGCAGAAGUUUCAGUGUCUCUUACAUGCGGCUUCCCUUCCUCAGUUGCCCUCCUUGUUGAUGAACCAGUUAAUGAACGUGAAGUGAUACGGACUGCAAGUCAAGCCGACCGUAGCCCAGGCCGAAUCCGUGUCACCCCAGUUACCGUGGCUAAUGGACAAACUAUUCGUAUAGCUGCAGUCGGCAUCAGUAACUCUGGGGAAGCUUUUGCAAACUCCUCUUCUCUUUGUUUAAGGUGGGAACUGAGCAGCUGUGACGGAUUGGCAUAUUGGGAUGAUACUUAUGGUUCAAUGCGGUCUGAGUCUAGUUGGGAGAGAUUCUUGGUCCUGCAGAAUGAAUCAGGAUUGUGCAUUGUCCGUGCCACUGUUACUGGUUUCUGUGAUGCCAAGGGUCGUCAUCGUUCUGCUCAAUUGCUUGAGAUUUCAGGAAAUAAUCUAACGGAUGCUGUACGUUUACAGCUUGUUUCUACUCUAAGAGUCAACCCAGAAUUCAACUUGUUAUUUUUCAAUCCUGAUGCUAAGGUUAACUUGUCCAUUAUUGGAGGAAGCUGUUUCCUGGAAGCUAUUGUUAAUGAUUCUCGAGUGGUAGAGGUCAUCGAACCCCAACCAGGUUUACAGUGCUCACAAUUGAUGCUAUCUCCAAAAGGGUUGGGAAAUGCACUUGUCACAGUCUAUGAUAUUGGGCUUGCUCCCCCACGUGCAGCUUCAACUCUGGUGCAAGUUGCUGAUGUAGACUGGAUUAAGAUUGUGUCAACAGAAGAAAUAAGUCUCAUGGAAGGUCAAUCACACUAUGUUGAUCUAAUGGCUGGGAUUGAAGAUGGAAGUACUUUUGAAUCUUCUCAGUACGGUUACAUGGACAUUCAGGUACAUAUUGAGGAUAAUAUUGUUGAGCUUGUGGACAAUGAUGAUAACUCAAGUCAUUAUGGUGGAUAUGUUAGCAUGUCGAGUUUUAAAAUUAUGGCUAAACAUCUUGGGAUCACAACCCUUUAUGUCAGUAUCAGACAGCAUUCUGGAAAUGAAAUAGUGAGUCAACCGAUAAAGGUUGAAGUCUAUGCACCCCCAAGAAUCCACCCACAUGAUAUUUUCCUGGUACCAGCUGCAUCUUAUAUGCUUACCCUGAAAGGAGGCCCAACUAUUGGUGUAUAUGUUGAGUACACUAGUAUGGAUGACAAAAUAGCAACAGUCCACAGAUCCUCUGGUCAACUGUUUGCCACUUCACCUGGGAACACUACCCUCCUUGCUACAGUUUUUGGAACUGGUGCCAUUGUAAUUUGCCAAGCAUAUGGGAGUGUUAAAGUUGGAGUUCCUUCUUCAGUGAUGUUGAACGUACAAAGUGAACAGCUUGGUGUUGGCCGUGAGAUGCCCAUAUAUCCUUUAUUUCCUGAGGGUAACUUAUUUUCUUUUUAUGAGCUCUGCAAAAAUUACAACUGGACUGUUGAAGAUCAUAAGGUUUUGACUUUCCACACGGAGGAGCAAUUAGGUGAUAAGCAUACAGUCUUGUCAGCUGCUAUAAGGGAAGUUCAAUUUUCUAGCUUCUUCGAUGAGAAAGAACUUGGUUUCAUCAAAGUCUUAUAUGGAAGAUCUGCAGGCAGGACAACAGUUGCGGCAGCUUUCUCAUGUGAUUUUGUUUCUGGUUCAUACUCACAAUCAAGGAUUUACAGUGCAAUUAUAUCAAUAUCUGUGGUGCCUGAUCUCCCUCUUGCUCUUGGAGCUUCAAUAACAUGGCUUCUUCCUCCCCAUUAUACUACAUCUAGCCUUUUGCCUUCAUCUUUGGAAACAUCUGGCCAAUGGGAUGGUCACAGUCGCAAAGGAUCUAUUACUUAUUCUGUACUGAGAACUUGUGGUGAGAAGAAUGAAGCUGCAAGCAAGGAUGAUAUUUCUGUUGAUGGGGAUAGAAUGAAAACGGCUGGGAGUAACAAUGUCGCUUGCAUUCAGGCAAAAGAUCGGUCCACCGGAAGAGUUGAGGUUGCUUCUUGUGUCAGGGUUGCUGAGGUGGCUCAAAUAAGAAUCAGAAACGAGGAGUUUCCCCUGCAUGUAACUCAUCUUGGUGUUGGUGCUGAACUUGAAAUUCCAAUAAGCUAUUAUGAUGCUUUAGGAAACCCUUUUUAUGAAGCACAUAAUGUUGUCCUCUAUCAUGCUGAAACUAAUUACAAGGAUAUUGUCUUCAUUGACAACACACUUGAUGACAGUGGGAAAAUCCAUCUCAAGGCAAUGCGACAUGGUAAAGCUCUUGUGCAAGUCUCAAUUGACAGUAGUCCACGCAAGUCAGAUUACAUUCUGAUUUCGGUUGGUGCCCAUAUAUAUCCACGGAAUCCAGUCCUGCAUUUAGGAAGUGGUCUUGGCUUCAGUGUACUAGGUUCUGACGAUAAACUUUCUGGCCGCUGGUUUAGUGCAAAUGAUAGUGUAUUAUAUGUAGACAUGCAAUCUGGAAAAGCUGAACCAGUUGGGAUAGGUUCUACCCAAGUAAUUUUUGAAUGUCCAAGUAUGAAAUUGCAAACAACAGUUACUGUUAUAUCAAGAAACAUUGUUUCUGUGGAUGCUCCAAAGGAGAUGCUAACAAAUGUUCCUUUCCCCACCAAAGGAUAUACUUUCCCUGUGACAUUCAGCAAGUUUGAAGCUCAUAAGGGAGUGUCAUAUGAUUGUAAGGUGGAUCCUCCUUUUGUUGGGUAUGCCAAGCCAUGGAUGGAUCUUGACACUGGUAACUGGUACUGCCUCUUUUUCCCUUACUCUCCAGAUCAUUUGGUACGUUCAAUUCCAAAAUCAAAGAACAUGAGCCCAUUUAUAUCUGUCUCCAUCAAUGCUUCACUGAGAGAAGAGCGCCAUGUUUCUGGAUCUGCAUCUGCACUUUUUAUUGGGGGCUUUUCUGUAUUGGAGAUGGACAAGAAUUCAUUGCAGCUAAAUCUUACGCCAGACUCUAACAUGACUAUCUUAACUAUCUUGGGGAAUACAGAUGUUCAAAUCCACUGGCAGAACCAGGAUUUGAUAAAGAUCAAUCCUAUCCAUAAAGAAGAUUUUGGGAUUGGUGGGAAUGCACAGUAUGAGGUUAAAGUAACAAGAUCCAAGAAAUUUGAGGAUAAAAUCAUAAUCACUCUUCCAGCCAAUGGUCAGAGAGUGGAAAUAGGUGUUAGCUAUGAACCUGGUAAGAGCGCAGGACUCGGUACUGGCAUAAAGGAAAUCUUUUAUUCAGGCAUAGUUGGAUUAUCUACCCUAACGGCAUUGAUUUUGGCAAUGAUGUAUUGUAAAUUUGACCGAGUAGAGCGGUCUGUUGGGUCUCAGCCAGCGACUCCUCCUGCCACUCCACAUAUGACAGCACCUCUCACGCCUGAGCGCCGAAGCAGUAUUCCUGGUUUUUCAAAUGACCAGUCGCCUCGAACACCUCAGCCUUUUGUAGAUUACGUGAGAAGAACUAUAGAUAAAACGCCUUACUAUAGGCAAGAAGCUAGGAGGAUGGCAAAAAUUUUUAUUGGAGGUUUAGCUAGGGAGACAACUUCAGCGCAAUUUAUCAAGCAUUUCGGUAAAUAUGGUGAAAUUACGGAUUCUGUGAUAAUGAAGGACCGGAAAACGGGGCAGCCUCGUGGAUUUGGGUUUGUCACUUAUGCAGAUCCCUCUGUGGUUGAUAAAGUCAUUCAAGAGGAUCAUAUUAUUAAUGGGAAACAAGUGGAAAUUAAGCGAACUAUACCAAAGGGAGCAAUUGGAUCUAAAGAUUUCAAGACUAAGAAGAUUUUUGUUGGUGGAAUUCCUGCAACAGUGAAUGAAGAUGAAUUCAAGGACUUCUUUAUGCAAUAUGGAGAGGUCCAAGAGCACCAAAUCAUGCGGGAUCAUUCCACCAAUCGUUCGCGUGGUUUCGGAUUUAUCACUUUUGAAACAGAAGAAGCAGUUGAUGAUCUCUUGGCCAAGGGCAACAAACUUGAGCUUGCUGGUUCUCAGGUGGAGAUCAAGAAGGCAGAGCCAAAGAAACCAAACCCACCACAACCCUCCUACAGACGAUACAAUAAUUCUAAGCCUGCAUAUGGUAGUGGAUUUGGGGAUGCUUAUGGUGGAUUUGGAGGUGGAGCCUUCAGUGGUGGCGGGAGUGGUGGUUAUAGGUCAGGUGGGGCAUAUGGAGUUAGAGCUGGUUCUUAUGGAGGAUACGGUGCAGGUGAAUAUGGUGGAUAUGGAGGAUAUGGUGGUGGACUGGGUGCUUAUAGGGGAGAGCCCUCCCUUGGAUACUCAGGUCGCUAUGGGGGAGGCUUUAAUAGAGGUUAUGAUCUGGCAGGUGAUUAUGGUGGCCCUGGUGAGAGUUAUGGAGGAUAUGGUGCUGGUGUUGGUGGUGAUGGUGCCGGUGGUGGCUAUGGAAGUGGGCCAAGUGGCUAUGACGUAGGCCUUGGGGGUGGUUAUGGAAGUAGUGGUGGGGGCUCCUUCUUUGGAAGCAGAGGGGGAUAUGGUGGUGCCGGGAGCAGUAGGUAUCACCCUUACGGGAGGUAGAAGGUCAUUGGACAAAGAACUUUUGGGCUAUGAAGUGUAGCGCUAUGCCUGAUCGUAUCAGUUUUUAGCAUUGAGCACCAAACUAAUCGUAUUUUUCACUUGGUGGGAAGACAAUGCUACUACUUUUAUGCUUCACGUGCCCCUCCCCCAUAUUUUAUUUGAGGAGGAUUUGUGUUUACCACUGAAAAAUCCAGUGAUCAAUUUACCCAUCCCUUUACCAGAACUUUUGAGAUGUAAGAGAUCUGAAUGUUUUUUUUCCCCCCUUGGAAUUUGAUGAACAUUGAUGUACUUUCUGGGUUCUGAAAAGAAUACCUGCAGGCAUGAAUUGCAAUUAUUUAUAUUACCAACUGAUUUUGUUA